CCCAGUUAAUUCCACAUUCAUUGUGUUUAUGAAUGUUAUUCCAGGACGCAGGCUCGUGCAUCGCCUUGCGCCGGCCGAGGAGUGUCCCGAGGAGGCGUGAAAACCUCCACCACAACAAUCCUCCGUCAAUUAAGUUCACAUCUUGCUUUUCUACUGUUUUUAUAUCGUCGUGUUGUGAACAAGGAGAACGCGAAUGUCAAUAGUAUGCAGUGUCUGUGUACGUGGUGCGCAUCCGUCGUAAGUUGCGAGUGAAUUCCAACAUCGGGGAGGCGACGACGACGGCCCACGGUGUAUCAUGGUUUUAAUUGACAAGUCAAUUGUAUUAAUACUGAGAUAAUGCGAAAAGUUGAUGUAUCGAGGGAAUGACGUUCAUCGAUUCACUCGUGGAACGUUGUUAUUCUCAAACGCACGCCGACCGCUGGCUACAAUGGGUGGAAAUCACUCGAGGAGCUUUCCAACUCCUGGAGAAGAUGUAAAUUUCGAUCACUUCCAAAUUCUCCGAGCGAUCGGCAAAGGGAGCUUCGGUAAAGUAUGCAUCGUGGAGAAACGAGGUAAACCUGGACAGAUGUACGCGAUGAAAUACGUUCGCAAGACGGAGUGUGUCGAGAGAGGAGCGCUGAGGAAUGUUCUCCGAGAAGUUGAGAUUCUCUCAAAAUUAGAACACCCCUUCCUCGCGAAUCUUUGGUUCAGCUUUCAAGACGAGGAGGACCUGUUUAUGGUGUCGGAUUUGCUGCUGGGGGGUGACCUGAGGUAUCACAUUCAGAAGAAAGUUCAUUUCACGGAGUCCAGUGUCGUUCUCUUCAUCGCUGAGAUUGGCCUGGCUUUGGAUUAUCUCAGGAGUAAGAGAAUUGUUCACAGGGACUUGAAACCGGAUAACAUUCUGCUGGACGAGGAAGGUCAUGCACACGUUACGGAUUUCAACGUGGCCACUACCCUCGAGGAAAAUCAAUUGGCGACAUCGGUGUCAGGAACGAGGCCCUAUAUCGCCCCAGAAAUUUUCAUGUGCACCUGCGAUUCCUCGGCGAUUCAGGGGUACGACUACUCGGUAGAUUGGUGGAGUCUGGGGGUCCUCGCCUGGGAAACCCUGGAAGGUGUCAGGCCAUUUCACGUUCUCGCGCAUGCAACACAUUUAGAGGCUCUUCGCAUCAUGCAGAACGGCAGACCGAUUCCCCCCUCAGAUUGGAGCAAACCGACGGCGACCCUCCUGGAGUCCCUCCUGACAUUCGACCCCAAGAACCGCCUGACGAGCCUCCAGGACCUCCAAAAGACCGACGCCAUGCUUUCCUUUGAUUUCGACCAAAUUCUCAAGAAACAAGUGAAGCCCAUAUUCACCCCCUCGAAAGAUCACCUGAAUUGUGAUCCCACCUUCGAACUGGAGGAGAUGAUAAUCGAGACCAGGCCCCUCCACAAGAAGAAGAAGCGACUGGCCAAGCAGAGGUCCCUAAGGUGUCAGGAUAUCACUGAACAGACUGAAUCGAGUUUGGCGAAUGGAAUUGAUACAAUUAAACUUGCCUUUAUACCUGAAUAUCUAGUUUAUAAUAGAGAACGGGAAAUGGAGCGAAGGGAGCGGGAGGUCAAGGAGGCGGAGUGGGAAGAGGAGCUCAGGCGAGCUAUGGCACAUGCUGAAACAAAACUAAGGGAGACUGACGUCGACAAACUGCGAAAAAAUCGUCUGAGUUUUCGUUCGCGUUUCGAGCACGUGUCCUCGCGAAAGGCAAAACAACCGGAGCAAGCGCAUUCACUGGAUAUUGACUAUAUCGAUGUCACCCCUGAAUCGUCUACCUCUUAAAACCAAAAUUGUAGCUGUGAAUGUAUUUUUGAUCGCUGAUAAGCAAAACAACUUGUAAAUAU